UGAGACGUCGCUCGCUGCGGCUGUGAAUCUGAUACUCCUGCGGCCGUGGAGCUUAGGCGGUGAUCUGCAAUGGAUGAAGAUAGGUUAAAUUCUCCGAGCACAUCAGCUGUGGUAAUUGAGGUUUUAGGGCACCAUCUGCAUUUGUCUCAGGCCAAUUAAGGCAAACUCACAUACGCGAGAUUCAAACCCAAGAUCUCUUGGUUGGUGGCCAAAGUUCCCAACCAACGGACUAAAAAAAUCAAUACAAGUUUGUAUUUCUUGGUGGCAGGAUCCUAACUCCAAGCAUCUUGGUACAACUGUUUGGGAUUCGUCGAUGGUCUUCAUCAAGUUCCUGUCCAUUUUUCUUCAGGAAAAGAACAGCAGAAAAGGUAGAUUUAGCCCAUCCAAGUUGAAAGGAAAACGAGCUAUUGAGCUUGGAGCUGGUUGUGGUUUAGCUGGCUUAGGAAUGGCGCUAUUAGGAUGCAAUGUAGUUUCUACAGACCAAAUUGAGGUCCUUCCUCUCCUGAUGAAAAAUAUUACUCGCAACACUUCAUGGAUAAUGCAAGCAAAUGAUUCAGCUUCCCUUGGUUCCAUUGAGGUUGCUGAGUUGGAUUGGGGAAAUGAAGAUCACAUAAGAGCUGUUUGCCCCCCAUUUGACUACAUCAUCGGCACAGAUAUUGUUUAUGCAGAACAUCUGUUGGAGCCACUUGUUCAAACAAUUAUGGCUUUAUCUGGGCCUAAGACAACAAUUAUGUUAGGUUAUGAAAUUCGGUCAACAACCGUGCAUGAGCAGAUGAUUCAGAUUUGGAAGGAUAAUUUUGUCGUGAAAACUGUCCCAAAAGCUAAGAUGGAUAUAAAAUAUCAACAUCCAAGCAUUCAGCUAUUCAUAAUGGAACUGAAGCCUCCGCAGAUACUUGAAGACAAUCUACAGAACACAAAUGCACCAUUACUGGACAGUGGGAAUCAUAAUAGUGAAACAGAAGAUGAUUUGGCUGAGAAGGAAGGUGUUGAGCUCAUAGCACCAGUAGUAGCAGACAUGAAGGCUGGUGACUGGGAGAGUAGAAGACAUGGAGCCUUAGCUGCUCGGCUUUUGAAGGAUGUUAAAAUUUCUUAGAAGAAAUCAAUAGUUCUGGGCUUAUUUGAUGUUCCAUUUUAGGCGGGAUUUAAAUAUUGUCAAAUAGAUUUUUAGGGUAUUUACAUUAUAUGUUUAAUCCUAUGAUUUAGUAAAUCUUAUUUGUAGCCAAAUCAUAUAUAUAUAUAUAGUUGGUUGUUGAUGAAUCA